UCGGAGAGCUCGGAAUUUUUCUAGAACGCAAUCACCCGUUGAAUCAUACACAUCGUGUCCCAGUGUUGAGUGAAUUUUUCCGUCGAAAUGGCACCCAAAACCAGUGGAAAAGCUGCGAAGAAGUCUGGCAAGGCCCAGAAAAAUAUUUCCAAGUCCGACAAGAAAAAGAAGCGCAAGACCCGCAAGGAAAGCUACGCUAUUUACAUCUACAAAGUGUUGAAGCAAGUCCACCCGGAUACUGGCAUCUCUUCGAAGGCCAUGAGCAUCAUGAACAGUUUCGUCAACGAUAUCUUCGAACGCAUUGCUGCUGAGGCAUCCCGCUUGGCGCACUACAACAAGCGUUCGACGAUCACGUCCCGCGAAAUCCAAACCGCUGUUCGUCUGCUGCUGCCUGGUGAGCUUGCCAAGCACGCCGUCUCCGAAGGAACGAAGGCUGUCACAAAGUACACCAGCUCGAAGUAAGCCACUGAAAUGAUUGGCUUCGUUCUCUCAAAUCGGUCCUUUUCAGGACCACAAACCGCAUUCAAACAAAGAAUUAUCCUUCGUUUCAUCUGCA